GGGGCGGGGGGGGGGGGGGGGGGGCAGAUGAUGACCGCUACAUAGAUCUCCGACAGAGUCCACGGGCCUGGCGAUCAUCUCUUACGGUACGGUAGCCGCCUUCCCUAGUUAACACUCACGCCACGGAAGGUGGGGAAAACCUGGGGAAGCCUGCGAAUUCCUGGAUGUAAACUGGUAGAGUUGUCUGUCUGAGCGAGCAAGCCACAAGCUCGACGGCCCAUCACGCAGCAUCACCACCUCACCCAUCCAUCGGUACUCUAUGCCAGGUUUUCUAACACCCGUCACUAUCAGUCAGCUCUACUCUACUCUAGACCCUAGUUGCCGUGGUUGCUGGUAUGGAUGGUAUGGAUGGUAGUUAUGUCCGGUAUGGUAGCUACCCGGGUACCGUCAUCACGGCAAUGAUCUACACCCGUCUACGUCUUACCUCACCAGGCUCACCUAACCUCACCACGCCUUUCCUUGCCCGCACUCCAUUCCCUGCCUUGUCCUGCCAACGCCCGCCCCCAUCAUCCGCCCUCCCGUCCCCCCAUCAUCCCCCUCACCUCCCGCCCUCCCCCCAUCAUCCCCAACCCCCCACCAACCCACGAACCACCACGACGAUGUCCGAAAAACCCACCAUCCCGCUCACCACACCCGGCAGCACAUUAGGCUUCGACCCAGCGGUGCUCGCGUUCGGCGCGGAUGGGAAGAUCGUAUCGCAGCAGCAGCAGAUGGGCGGCGGCGGGAGCCUCGAGGCGCAGCAGCGACGGCUUGAGGAGCUGCAGAGAGAGGUGGUUGAACGCGAGAGGAGGCUCAGGGUGAGGGAGAAGGAACGGGAGCGCGGGGUUGGUGUGGCUGGGGUGGAAGGUGGAGAGGAGUGAUGGUGAGAGGGUGAUGGGGA